AUGGCAGACAAAUCGGGCUCCCAGACGCUAUGGGACAGCGUACCCUGGCAAGAAUGGCUUGACACGCCGCCUUCCGCCGACGACCCAAGCCCGACAAAGCCGGUCGGCUGGCAUAAGCCAUGCGUACCAUAUCUUCACGGGGCAAACAGUCUGCAGACACUCGAUGUCUGGAUCCCCUCCCCCUCACACUCAAAAUCACACCCAACGACAUCCUCCGCACUGCCCGACGACACUCAACUUCUCUCUCGCACAGGAGUCUGGAUCGUCUACAUCCACGGCGGAGCGUGGCGCGACGCGACCAUCAAAGCAGCGUCUUUCGCGCCGACGCUGCACCAUAUACUGAAGUCUAGCGACCCAGCGACAGCCAAGAUCGCGGGCUAUGCGUCGUUGGAUUAUACGUUGUCAGGCGGCGAAGCGGGUGAAGCGAGUCGAAACGCGAGACAUCCGGACCACAUCAUCGAUGUGCUUCGCGGGAUCGGCUUCCUGCAGGACAUUGUUGGAUUCAAGGAUAAUUAUAUCAUACUGGGCCAUAGUUGUGGUGCGACGCUCUUGUUUCAGGCUUUGAUGGACCGGGAGCGCUGGAGGAUUCCGAGGGUUGUGGUCGCUGGGGAGGAGCACAGGAGUGAGAAUGCAGCGCUUUCGAAGUCGGCGUCCCCGUCACCACGGAGUAUUAUCAAGCCCAGCGUUGCUAUUGGCCUUGAUGGCCUAUACGAUCUGCCGGGGCUGAUCGAGGAUCCAGGUGAGAAGCACUCGCGCUGGAUCCCCGAGUAUGAGGCAUUCACGCGUGAUGCGUUUGGAGACGACAAGGAGACAUGGUUUGACGUGAGUCCCGUGUCUGUCAAAGACUGGGUCCGCGAAUGGGGCCGUAAUGAUGGGAUGGUCGUGCUCGUGCAGAGCCACGACGAUACGUUGGUGCCGUAUCGGCAGCUGACGGGCUUCCACGAGUCUUUAAAGCCGGCUAUGGACGCCGGGCUGGAGGUCUUUGAAUUGCCUGCUACCGGUGAUCAUGAUGCGCUGUGGGAGACGGGUGAUCAGAUCGCCAGGAUCAUUGUCGAUGUCUUGAUUGAGUAUCUCGACAAGAUUGACAGAUCUGCGCGGCCUGCGAAGUCUUGA